AAACUUUCUUUGGAUAAGUCCAUGUAUAAAAUUCUUUAUGAGUAUUUAUAAUAUUUUGUUCCUGAAUAAAAUGUAACAAUUAAAAUAUUCCAUUUCUGGGUCUGUCCCAGAAUCCUCCUUCAUGCUGGUUCUGUCUCCUCGGUGGCUUAGAGCAGUGGUAACAAAGAUGUUCAGCUUAAUUUGGGUCCGUGUGUCUUCCUGUAACAUCUUUUUAUAGUGUGAAAUAUGGAUUAAAAAUAAAUCAUCCCCUCCCACCCCCUGCUUUACAUUGAGAUUCACAGUCUCAUAGAAUCUUCUGACCUCACGUUGGGACUGGUCACUCAGUUAGUUUGUGAGUUUUCCCGACUCUACUUCCUGCUCCUUUUUUGGGUAACUUAUUGUUAUGGCAUUUUAUUUCUUUGUGCCUUUUCCAGAGGAUCCAGAAAGAGUGGAGAGACUUGAAACCCAGCCCAUCUGUGUUGCUGUUAGUUAAUAGAGAUUGAAAAGAUUUGUGUGGGAAUUUUGCUGUCCUCGUGGAUCUUCAUAUCUUGCCGCAAGGUUCAAACAAAGAUACAAGCUGGUUUUCUGAACAGAAGAAAGAGGAUAAUAUUAUCAAGACUUUGCUGUCAUUAUUUUGCAAAGAAUACCUGGUGACCUAAAGUUGAGGAAAGGAAGGCACAAGGUUCUGUAUGACGGGAUUUAUCAUUCAGGAAGUCUGUUUACUGUUAAAAGAAACCAUUGAUUCAAGAGUUCAGGAGUACUUGGAAGUUCGCAAACAGCACAGGCCAUCAAAUGCAGAAUUCACAAGAUCCAGUCCCUUGUCCUUAAAAGGUUAUGGCUUUCAAAUCACAGCCUAUUUUCUCAAGAGAGGGAUACGUCUUCGCUGCAUCAGGAGCUCACAGAAUGCUGAACUCCAUGUAUUCCCUGACAGAUUUGUGGUUUGUGUCAGUCAGCUUGCAUUCAGUCGUGAUCUUUUAGCAAAUCAGAAUGAAGAUUUGACAGAAAGAGUUCUCCAUGGAGUGUCUGAUUACUUUGCUGAGUGUGCAGAGAGUUCACUUCCUCCCAGUGCAAAGCUCCGGAGAAAUGCUCUGAAAGAAAUUGUGAAAAGAACUGAAACAAAAAGCAGCAUCACGAGCAAAUCACAGACCAGAAGAGACACUGUGGAAACAUCUAGUAACUCAGUGAUUGCAGAGAUAGCAAGGAGGAGGAAUGAUGGUCAGGCUUCCUCCAGUCCCGCAUCAGAAUCUACGGGACUAGCAAAGGAUUACAUAAAGGCAGCUGAGAGCCACUGGGGGCUUCCUGUUCAAAAGCUGGAAAAAGUUAAUCAGACCCAGCCAGAAGUCACUAGUGGCCAGCAAAAACCUCAUCCUGGGGAGCGGUUAAAGACAGGGCUUCUAAGUGGGAGCCCUGUCUGUAGCUGUGAGUCAGCAUCACCAGGUCCAAAACAAAGUCCACGAGUGGCCAAAACCCAACAGAAACGCAGGAACUGCAGCUCUGCGGAAGACUUCGACCACCGCAAGAGAGUUUCUCUUGGAAGUGAUCGAUUAGUCCCAAGAGAAAUAAUAGUGGAAAAAAGCAAAGCUGUCAGGGUUUUGCCAGCUUCAGAGUUGUCAGAUCCAGGGUUACUUUUGAAACAAAAUUUGGCAAAAACCACGUCUAAGGAAGAGUUGCAUGUUUUGGAAAGUCUCUCCUCCAGACAUCUUAUGAAAAAUAACCCAGGGCAGGCACAGCAAACCAGCUCAGCCACAAACACUGAAAGAUUACCUACAAUUCAGAACAGCCCAACCAAGAAAAGAAAGAAAUACGAAAGAGUCCAUUAACACCAAAGAGGAUUGUACCGUUGGAGUUGAGGACAUAGUGGCCAAACCUGUGACAAGAGAACUGCGUGUAUAGAUGCCGGGAUUUUAGAGGAAUUAAUUAGAAAGAUUACAUAGGAAGUGUGUUAUCUGUGUUAUGGCUAUGGUUUGUUUUCAAAGCAUUUCAAACCAGGAGGCUAUAUGCUUGUUCUAACAGCGUUGCCUCUUUAUCAUUGUAUUUUAUGACUGUCUUCAGAGAAUUAGUAUAAUGACAAAGAGCCAUCCCCCUUGUCAGGGAGGAGACUGUGCAAGGACUGUAUGAAAAGAAACUGAUCAUGAGCCCCUUCUUGGCACAUCACUGUGCAGAGCACACAAUGGACCAUGCGAAGACAGUGCCACUCACCUCCAGAGGUACAAUCCAUCCUCCUGCUCCUCAACCUGAGUAGGAGGGCAGUGGAGCAACAGGCUGGUGGUUCUUAGCGUGUGGUCCUGGGACCAGCUUCGCUGUCUGGAAAUGUGCUAGAAAUGUGGUUAUUGGGCCCUGCCCCAUGCUGAGUAACUACCUUUGGGUGAUUCUGAAACAUGCUUGAGUUUGAGAACCACUGGACUAAUAGAACGCUCCCUGGUGCUUCCUCCAGCCUGGCUGCCAUGGCCUCCAGCUCACCAGUUGGGGCCAGAUGUGCACAUGCAUCCCCUCGGACUCCCUCAAACUUGUAAAACGCUUGGGUUUGGUGUAUGGGCCACUCUCUUCCCGAGUUCUACAGUAUGGUAGCCAUGGCAUCCACGAAGGUGUUACCCUUAUAAUUGUUGAAGUUGAUGGGCGAUUCUGCCCAACUUCAGGGAAGACAUCAGAGAGGCUUGCUGUUGCCUGUAGCUCAAGCAUGUCCCAGUCCCUGCUCUUGCGCCCACCUCCAGGAUUUUGGUUUGGGGCAGACUAGAACCUAAUGGGAACUCAGUGACCAGUUUCCAGUUUCCCAGUUGGAAGGCUUCACAGGCAGUUCAAAUUUCAAGACAGAGCCUUCCCUUUACAAUGUCACCCACUGUCUCCAGUGGGCUUGCUGAAAUGUCACAUAGUGAAUUAUAGCAAUGACUUAUUUUGGAUGGACAGCUGCUAAAAAUUUCCAAUAACCGAAUUUCAUUCUAAAAUAGGAAAGAAACAAUAUUCAAGGUCUAUUCAUUCAAUACAUCUUUUUUUUCUGUUCAACAUGGGGUGGUCCUUUGAAAUAGCACCUCCCCUAAGUAAUAAGGAAAACCAAGUAUAUUCCCUAAAGUGUUGAAGUUAGCAGAAAAAUCACCUAGAAAAGCCCAACAAAAUGAAGAGAAUACAGAAAUAGGCAUAGUAUAGGUUCAUGCUUGAGAUGGAUUAGUAGUUUAUUCCAUCUCAUUCUGUCCUCCCCCACACCUCCUGUCCCCACUUGUUGAGACUCCGUAAGGCUCACAAAGCAGCAGCCAUAUUUCAUGGCAACAUUUUGGAUCAGGAAAUUCCAUCUUGGUCACCAAGUUUGACUGUGGUGGUAGAUACUGUUACUCUGAUAUUCCAAACCCUGCCUAAAAACCUGUUCCUGUCCCAUGAUCCCAGCCUAACCAACACUACUUGAAAUGGCCCUGCCUACUGGUGUCCUGUCUUCUUCCCUCUUGGCUUUUUUCCUACUCCCAGCAGAACCCAGUCAAGGGAUUCUGUAGAAGAGGGAGCCCAACAGAAUACUAGCUUCAAUGGAGCUGACUCUGCUUAUGCAAUAGGGUUGGGCUGCACAGAGUUGAAACCCCCUGAGUACUGGGUAGAAUGUGCAUUUCCAUGGCCCACCGUAGGCCUCUCUCUUAGAGCAAACAGUAUUCUAGGUGUGCUGUUUAUUGAACACAGGACCACAGUGUGUCAUUGAAUCUUCUUAAACAGAAGCAAUUAGAAUGAUUUAUAUAUAGGGAGGGCGCAAGUAAUAAAGAACCCAGGGGAUAGACCAAGAAGCAGCUCUCUGGAAAAGAGUCUGGAAUUAAAAAGACAGCUGUACUAGAACAAUAGCCACUGCCUGCUCCAGAACUAGGGGGGAGAUAUUUGAGCUGGAGCCGCCAGAGAAAAUUUCUAUUGAGAAGUUUUUAUUUGUUUGUUUUGUUGGGUUUUUUUGUUGUUGUUUUUGUCUUAUUCUAAUCUUUCCCUGAAGUAUCACUCUGGUAUUGAGAAAUUUUUAUUUCAUUAGCUAACCUGGGCUUGGUGGUUAAGGCUAAUACUUGUACUUAGAAUGAUUCUCUGUCAAGAAAAGUCUUGACUUUAGAGUUUGUUAUAUUUGGGGAUAUAACAAUUACUGUGAUGUAAGAGAGAAAAUAGCACCUCUGGUUGUAGAUAGCUGUGGUUUUCCUCACAGCCUUCACAUCCCUUCAUGUAAAAGGGAUUUUAACAGGAUUUACAGAGGGAAUGGCUCUCAGUUCCCACACUGUGACAUGUGCUUGAGGAAUUUUGCCUUUAAGCAUUUUUCUUGCACAUGGUUGAAACACCCCUGGAUCUCUUGUUAUUUGAGUGAUUGCGUGAUUCUUUGGAUAUUUGGAAGUACAAAGGGGUAAAUGGAUGCCAGGGGUUUUUUGUUGUUGUGGCUUAUUGGGUAGGAUAUGAAGAGUUCUCACUGUUGGGAAUGGUAUGUGUUUUGACAUUCUUAAUGAUCUUCAUAAUUUGGCAUCUGAAAGUCUGAAACAGUGUCAGUAUUCUUCAUCAAAAAGAACACGUUCUUCAACCACUUACCUAGUACCCCAAAUUAUAUUCAAGUCCCCCUGACUCCAGUGCUUGGAGAAGUCAUUCAUCUGAUUCAAUUAAUGUUACACUUUGAAUUUCCUAACUUUCUCAGCGGCAUGGAUUCUAAGCCACUUCCAUGUGCUUUCAGGCGGCAUCUUAAUAGAUUGGUGUUGAGGUUAUUUUAAUGUCCAUAAACAAGAAAGGUCUGGAAACAAUCUGUAUUAUUUUUCUUUCACAUUUUCUUAUCUUUGCCACUGGAGGUUAACUGUCGUCCAGAUAUGAAUAUGAAUUGUGAAAUGCAAAGGAGCAAACAUUUGGGGGUAGGGGAGUAAGUGCUGCAGUUCUUUUGUUCACUGAUUUUAAUACUAUAGAAGUGUAUUUCAUUUUAUAAAAAGCAAGAAUCAUAAAAACCCUCUGUAAAUUGAUUUAUGGAGAAUAUAGCUUAUAGCCGAAAUAUCUCAAGAUAUAUCUUGGGGACCACAAUGCGAUCACAGUGUUAAUUGUUUGCUGUUGGUGUCAUGUUUGGAUUUUAGCAUGGAUUGUUAUGCAUAUCAGUGGCCUUUGAUUUCAGAAAGAGCUUAGCAGGGCAGAACACGUAAGGAAAGGAAACCUCUGCUCAAGAGAAUGACCUGGGAUCACAAUGUCGCCAUUCCCAAUUUCCUUGAAUUCCUUCUUGGCAGGCCCUACUGUAAUAUUUCCACAAAACUGUAAUGAGUGGCCCUUCUUUGGAGGUAACAGAUGCCUUUCCUAAGAACUCAAAAUUCUCUUCAGCGUGCUGUGACUUGAAUAUGGAAAUCAUUUUAAUUUCUUCUUUUCUCUUAUGAGGAAAUUUCCAUGCUUGGUUUGUCAAGAGAGUUCAUUCCUUAUUAUUGAAACAUUAAUGAAUUGAAACACGUUGAAGCAAGUAAAAAAUCAAAAUUAGGUUGGUUUAUUUUAAAUAGUUAAAAGUCUUCCUUAGUACAAAAUAAAUUAAGCAUUGUAAAAUGAAGUUAAUUCAGGUAAUUACUCAGUACAGAAAUCUAAUCAUAUAUAUCAUUGGUAUUGCAAUUUAAGGGUAUAAUUAAAUUCUCAGAAAUCUGCAGGACUUCCUCUAAUUUGGUUUCUAUAUUUAUUUAACAAGACAGGGAACAAAUAUGUGUCAAUGUGCAGCUUAACAGAGGGGACUUGAAUGGAUAAAAUUAUCUUUAAUAAUCUAGAGCUACCCAGUACUGGGCUUGAAUUUAAUCAUAUUCACAUGUUUCCUUUGGCAGCAUAAUAUUACCAUACACCAUAUUACCUUAUAAUUGCCAUUACAAUUCCUUAUCAAAGAUGUUAAUUCUUUGCUUGAGCAAAAAAUCAGUAAACCAUAUGUCUGACCCUAAAGUAUUUGAUCAGGGAACAGAAGGUGUGAAUUGGACAGAUUCCCCUAAUAACUUUCUUCAAUCAAGUUAGAAAACCAAAAGCUAUGUAAGUCACCAGGAGAGCUCUUUUUCCCUUAUCUUCUCAUUUGUUUUGUUUUAAACUGUUUAAAUAGUUCAAGUGGUUGUGCAUGCCUAGGGGAUGAAACUUACGUAGUAGAAACGUACUGUUUUAUGAAUAAAGAGUAAAAUUGUUUU